UAUUGAUUUUUCGUUUGACAACGGCUUCAAAUGAAAAACAUCGAACAUAGUUUUUGUCCUAAAAGCUAAAAUAUUUAUUUCUAUUACCUGUAAAAGGUGUGUUGAAGUGUUUGUGCUUAACUAUGAGUGAAAUAAGGCAUCGACGGGGUGAUGGCGACGGCAACGAAAAAGUGGAAACGGCUGGAGAAUCCGAUCAUGUGGAUUCCGAAGAGGAAAAGGUUUUAGAGGAGAAAUACGUCGACGAAUUGGCGAAAUCAUUACCUCAGGGUACUGAUAAAACUCCAGAGAUCCUCGACUCUGCUCUUUCUGGUCUUUCCUCGCGAUGGAGAAACUGGGUGAUUCGAGGUAUCUUCACCUGGUUGAUGAUUGGUGGGUUUUGCUUGCUCAUCUAUGGAGGUCCGCUGGCUCUCAUGAUAACGGUACUCUGCGUGCAAGUGAAGUGUUUUGAAGAGAUUAUCAACAUAGGCUACGCUGUUUACCGAGUUCACGGCCUGCCAUGGUUCCGUUCCCUGUCGUGGUACUUUUUGUUGACGUCUAACUACUUCUUCUAUGGGGAGAAUCUCAUCGAUUACUUCGGCGUAGUGAUCAAUAGAACUGACUAUCUCCAUUUCUUGGUCACGUACCACCGAUUCAUCUCGUUUAGUCUCUACUGCGUCGGCUUCGUUUGGUUCGUGCUGUCUCUGGUCAAGCGUUAUUACAUGCGACAGUUCAGCCUCUUCGCUUGGACUCAUGUGGCUCUGCUGAUCGUCGUCACCCAGAGCUAUUUGAUUAUACAGAAUAUCUUUGAAGGCUUAAUCUGGUUCAUAGUACCGGUUUCUAUGAUCAUUUGCAACGAUGUGAUGGCCUACGUCUUCGGCUUCUUCUUCGGAAAAACGCCACUGAUCAAACUUAGUCCGAAGAAGACAUGGGAAGGCUUCAUUGGCGGCGGCUUUUCAACCGUUUUAUUUGGACUCGUGCUAUCCUACAUGAUGUCCCAGUACCCGUACUUGGUGUGCCCGAUUGAGUACUCCGAAUCCUUGGGACGUAUGACCAUGGACUGCGAACCGUCUUCGCUCUUCCGCCUGCAGGACUACACUCCGCCACAGUUCUUGCAACCGGUCAUGAAAGUAUUGGGUCGCGAGAAAUUCAACAUGUACCCGUUCAUGAUUCACUCGCUGGCGCUCAGCAUCUUCAGUUCGGUCAUCGGGCCCUUCGGCGGAUUCUUUGCUUCUGGAUUCAAACGAGCUUUCAAGAUCAAGGACUUUGGAGACGUGAUCCCGGGCCACGGAGGCAUCAUGGAUCGCUUCGACUGCCAGUUCCUAAUGGCUACCUUCGUCAAUGUGUACAUCACUAGCUUCAUCCGCACCGCUACGCCUCAGAAAUUACUGCAACAGGUUUACAAUCUGAAGCCAGAACAACAAUUGCAACUGUUCUAUGCGCUGAAGGAGUCGCUGGAAAACAGGAAUAUACUGAACAUGAUACCCUAGAGCAUUCUAGAGAAAUUACGGUAUAUUAAUUUCUAUAAUAUUUUUUUUGACCGAAAUUGUAAGUGCAGUUUCACACUUGACGGAUAUACGCGACUACUGUAUGUAGUUAAAUGAAACUACAGCAAUUUUUAACUGCUUUUUUUUUAUUUGUAUACGCGAUACAUAGCACAUUCACAUGAGUUAUUUUAGUACAUAUUUAUAUACAGCAUUUUAUAAAAGAAGUAUAAGAAAUAUUUUUUUAUAACUCGCAGCAUUUUUGUGAAGUGUGAUACUGCACUAAGGUAUGACAUAUCCCCAACUGUUUGUUGAAACAGCAUACAUCUUAUUCUAGUCUUUUUAAUUUUGUACUCAUUUACCUUUCAUGCACUAAUGACCACCAGAAUUUAUAACUACAAAGAAGAUAAUUUUUUUUCAACACUUAAAAUGAAAUAUUUAAUAAUAUGUACUUGACGUUUAUAGGAAAUCUUGAACUAACUUAUAUAGGGGCCAUUCAAAUUAUCCCCAAUUUCUAUGGAAAAACUUUUCAUUAUAUGAUUUUCUCGUGUAAUCAUUAAUUACCUUGUGGUUGUUAUAUAUCACUUGUCUGGUACUUGCACUUUGUCCGUUGUUAUCCAAACAUAAUAGUUAAAUUAGUAGAAAUAUUUCAUUCUAUUAAUCAUCAAUAAAAUCUAUAAAAUUAUUAAUUAUUGAAGUGAUACAUAUUCCUCCCUUUUUCUUUGGUAUUUAACUUUUUUUUUAUUUUAUUAGGCGAAUCUUAAUAUUUUGUAAACGUCUUAAAGUAUUACUUUCUGCUUUAUACUUGAAUGGUACCAUAUGUUAAAGAUAUAAUUAUAAAUGAUAAAUGGUUGUAUAUAUAUAUCCUGUUAAAUCAAUUUAAUUACAAAUUGUCCUUGUCAAAAAUAUUUUUUAUCUGUGAUGAAAACUAAAUAAAUUUCAAAAAUAAAAUAAUUUUGCAACAUUAUAUUCCUAAUGCAAAUAUUAGAAAAACAAUUGCAUGUUGAAUUAUUCUGUCAUGUAGUUAUGCUGUUAGAUUAUAUUAUAUUGGUUUAUUAUGAAUAUUUUUCAAUUAAAAUGAAAUCCCUCAUUCAGUUGGAACAUUUCAUCAACCGAACAGGGAACUUGCAUUUCUUUCAUUUAGACUGAAUAACGACUGUUUUAUCGUGUGCUAAAUAUUUUGUGACUUUAUCCUUUUAUUUCGAACUUUAUAAAAUCUAUUUUUCUAUAAAUUUUACUUAAAAUUGUCAUUCGUAAAAUUCAUUCAUUGAUUUAUUUGUAAGUUGUAACUCAUAUUCUGUGGUUAUUUUUAAUAUAAAAAAAAAUAUUUACGGGUUCAUAUGGAGUAUUUAAUUAUAGCAUUAUCUACCUUGUUGGUAAAUAUUUAAGACUUAUAUUCAUCUGUUUUAACGUAUGGAUUUUAUCAAGCGUGAACAGGACAGAUUGCUGGGUGAAUAGAUGUCUUAAAUGUUUUAUUAAUGAGGCAUCUAAACGUAUAAAUUAAUUAUAGUAAAUAUUAUAAAUAAUACAAAAAAACUUUCAUAGGAAUAUUCUGUCGUUCAAGUUAAGAUACAUUCUGUAUGACUAUUCAAAUAUAUUUAAAGGAAAUAUGUUCUCAAUCGAUUUCACUUAUAUACUAAAAUUACAAUUUUUAAACGUUUAAAAUACGAAAUGAUUAGACCAGGGAACUAAAUUAUAAUUUAGUGAUGUGUUAGAAAAUUUGUUUUAUCGAUAUACAUAUAUCGAUAAUUGAUAAGCCAUCAUUUGAUGAAAUGCUCCUCUAGGCUGCAUUUAAUUGUGUAACGACAGUGGCCUGGUCUGAUAGUGACGUUGAUUUUUUUUUUUUUAAUAUUUAGAAAUCGUUAAGUUUUUUGUGAUUAAUUUAUGUGAUUUUAUGUUAUGUUAUGGUUACGUUGAAUUUCUUGGUAUUUGAUUAAAUAAAUUCAUUAUAAUUAGCUUUUAGCUUAGUUCAAAUGUGAAAAAGAAAUUAUACUCAUGCUUAGUUUAGAAAUCACUGAGGGGGCUCACUUGAAAUACAACGUCGUAUUAUUGAUGUUUAAAUAUUAAACUUUAUUUCAAAAUCUUAUUAUACAAUUGUUCAAAAUAAAAAUCAAAAUAAUUUAAUUUACAUUUAUUUGUAUAUCGAUUCUUAAAUGUCGGUUUUAUGCAUUUCAUAUACAGUCUCUUAAAAUUAUCAUAUUUUACUGCAAACUAAAUGCCACAGAAUGUUUCUACGCAAUAGCUGAACUAUUGUUAAUGUUCAGACGAGCGUGUAAGUUUUGAAAAUAAACUUAAAUUAAAUAUAAUAAAAAAAUCUUUAUGAUUUUUGUCGUGUACCUAAAGAUUACUUUAAAGUAUUCGAACUACCAAAAACAUAUUAAUGUCGUAUCCGUAUAUUGUUAUACAUUUAUAAAUGCCUUCAAAUUUAUUUGCCAUAGGACAAACCAUUGCAAAUGUUUAUGCAAAAGAUUUAUUUGAUGUUAAUAUUAAAUUAUGUCGAUUUGUUAGGGACAGCUCUAGGUAAAAGUUACAAAUGAGAAUUUUAAAUUAAAUUUACAAGCGAUUCGGUUUUUAAAAUAUCUCAAAUAACUACACUAAAACACUUUACCUUAAACAUAAAAUAACUAUUAUACGUAAAAUUUUGCAGUGUCAGAUACUCCUUACAAACAAAAAAUAUUAGGUAUCAAUAUAAAUUUAAUAUUUGGGUCUUAUGACACUUAAUAACCAAUUAUUUUGAGAUUCGAAAUUUGAAAAAUUUACAUUAGUCAAAUGUAAUAUUUUUAUUGAUAAAUAUUUGCCUUUUGAAUGAGUAGGCGUAGAAUUAUUGCAUGAUAAUUUUAAAUUAGUUUCGUUUUAAAAACAUUCGUUUCUCAUUUGUUACGUUUUACUAAAGCUUUUAAAAUAUAUGUCAUGUUAGUAUUAAACUAUUGAUGUUCGUAUUAUAGUAUCGUAACUGUCGUCCCAGAUUAAGUAAAUGUUAGAGAUAAUACUAAACCUCCACACUAUAAUUCGAUGUUGAUUGAAAAUAAUAUUACAUUUAAAAAAAAAUAAUAGAAUGUAAUAAGCUUCUGCUUGCUGUAAUCGUUUAUUCUAUUUUGUUUUCCAUUUUCAAAAAUUAUCGGUCGUAUCAUAUUAGGUUAAUUCAUAAACAUUAUGUCUUCUAUUUAGGGCUACUUAGAAGUUUAAUUACGCUAUUCAAAUAAAUUUCAAACUUGUCGUCUCAAAAUCUACAAUAUUUCAAUAAUAGUUUAAAGAUCUGAUGCCUUAAACAUUUUUCGAUUUAGCAAUUUUAUUAAUUGGUCAAUUUUCUUUAAAGUAUACUAAUGUAUAGAAAAGUUUUACGUAAAUUUAAACGUAUAAUAAUAUUUCUGUGAAUUGUAUGUAAUUUUUAUUGAAUUUAAUAUUGGUGUGAAAAAAUGUUUAAAGUUAAUAAUAUUUGCUCCAAUCGAAAAAUGUUUUCGUUCGUAAAUAUAUACCUUAGAAUUAGAUAUGUGUCUAAUUAUAGAGUUUAUUUAUUAAUUGUGACUUAUUUUAUUAAAAUAAAUAAAUAAAUAAACAUGAUUCCUGA